AAGAAAUCUUUAUUCUUUCUUUCUUUUAUCAUUCAUCAUCAUGUCAAAUUAUGGAGGCAAAAGCAGUGAAGUACCCCUUCUUACUGUCAAUACAAAUACUGUAUUAGAACUCCCUACAACACCAAGACCUUCUGUAGUCGCAUCCAGCAAAAUCAACAAUGUGCCACCUUUUGUCAAGGCAGGUCUUCCUAUCUUCACUUACUGUAUUGCCAGUAUUGUUAUGACAGUGACUAACAAAUAUGUGGUGAGUGGUGAUUUCAAUAUGAUCUUUUUCCUCUUGACUAUCCAAAGUUUGGUGACUGUGUCGUUUCUACAACUCUUCAAGUUUCUAAACUUGAUCCAAUAUCGUGGAUUUGAUAAAGAAACAGCCAAAAAGUGGUAUCCUAUUGUGAUUUUCUUGGUUGCUAUGAUCUAUACUGGUAGCAAAGCAUUACAAUAUCUUCCUAUUCCUAUCUACACCAUCUUUAAAAAUUUGACAAUUAUCUUGAUCGCUUAUGGUGAAGUUCUUUGGUUUGGAGGCAAUGUAACAAGUAUGAUGAUGGUUUCUUUUAUUUUAAUGACGCUCUCUUCUGUGAUUGCUGGAUGGAAUGAUGUUUCUUCAGUUGUUACAGUGUUUUUUGAUGCAACAAAUGUACUCUCCAGUGGUAAUGGAAGUAUUAUGCUUGGGUAUUUUUGGAUGGCCAUCAAUUGUUUAUCAUCAGCAUCUUUUGUAUUGUAUAUGCGCAAACGUAUCAAGUUGACUAACUUUAAGGAUUUCGAUACUGUUUAUUACAACAAUUUACUUUCCAUUCCCUUGUUGGUUAUCCCUAGUUUGCUAUUGGAAGAUUGGUCAGUAGCAAACUUGCUUGUCAACUUCCCCCCUGAACAACGUCAGGCACGUAUUUGGGCCAUGAUUUUCUCUGGUGUCUCUGCGUUUGGUAUGUCUUAUGCAUCUGCAUGGUGUGUGCGUACUACUUCCUCUACUACUUAUUCUAUGGUUGGUUCGCUUAACAAGUUACCAAUCGCUAUCUCUGGUAUUGUCUUUUUUGGUGAUGUUGCGACUUUUAGUAAUGUCUCAGCCAUUUUCAUUGGUUUCAUUGCUGGUAUUGUCUAUUCUUAUGCAAAGGCUUAUCCAUCUACCAAGAAACUCAAAGACGGUGUCUCAUCAGCAUCAAGUCAAAGUUAUUUAGAUGCAUCUAAUGUCAAUGAAAAGAUCAAUAUCGAAAAAAUAGAUUCAUAAGCAUAUAUUUUACAUUAAAA